GCGGCGGCGCCUGUUUUUGCCUCGGAGGAGGGAUAAAAAGCCCGGGCGGGACCGGCGCGGAGCGGAGCGGGCGCGGCACCGGCGGUUGAGACUGAAGGAGGCCACCUCCCCAAGCAGCCAUGGCCCCCACACUUGCCACGGCCCACCGCCGGCGCUGGUGGAUGGCGUUCACAGCCAUCAUCGAGAACCUGCUCUUCUCUGCUGUCCUGCUGGGCUGGGGGUCCCUCCUCAUCAUGCUGAAGGCAGAAGGGUUUUAUUCCUACCUGUGCUAUGGGCAAGAGGACACCAACAACAGCUCUGAACACGAGAACAGCACAGCUUCAGAGCACAAGUGGCCUUCCUGCAAUGCCCAGGAUGAAAUGCUGAACUUGGCCUUCACCAUCGGGUCCUUCCUGCUCAGUGCCAUCACGCUGCCCUUGGGAAUUGUCAUGGACAAGUACGGCCCUCGCAAGCUGCGGCUGCUUGGCAGUGCCUGCUUUGCUGUGUCCUGUGUGCUGAUCGCGUACGGUGCCAGUAACCCAGACUCUCUGUCUGUGCUGAUAUUCAUUGCACUGGCUCUGAAUGGCUUUGGUGGGAUGUGCAUGACCUUCACAUCGCUCACGCUGCCCAACAUGUUUGGUGACCUUCGUUCCACGUUCAUUGCUCUGAUGAUUGGCUCCUAUGCUUCCUCUGCUGUGACUUUUCCAGGAAUCAAGGUUAUAUACGACUUUGGGGUCUCCUUCAUCCUUAUUCUGCUGGUCUGGGCAAGCUGUGCAGGACUUGUUUUCCUCAACUGCUUCUUCAACUGGCCCCUGGAGCCUUUCCCAGGACCAGAAGACAUGGACUAUUCGGUGAAAAUAAAGUUCAGCUGGCUGGGAUUUGACCACAAGAUCACCGGGAAGCAGUUUUACAAGCAAGUGACGACCGUGGGGCGCCGUCUCAGCGUGGGGAGCUCCAUGAAGGGCCCCAAGGAGCCGGCAGCCUUGCAAGAGAACAACAAGCUCUGCCUGUCUACAGUGGACCUGGAAGUGAAGUGCCAGCCUGACAGUGCAGCUUCUCCCUCCUUCAUGAAGAGUGUCUUCAGCCCUAUCUUGUUGCUCAGCCUUAUCACCAUGUGUGUCACUCAGCUGCGGCUCAUCUUCUACAUGGGAGCCAUGAACACCAUCCUCGAGUUUCUGUCUGGAGACCCAAGUCAAGUGGCUCUCUACACUUCCAUUUUUGGGGUAUUGCAACUACUGUGCUUGCUGACAGCGCCUGUGAUUGGGUGCAUCAUGGACUGGAGAAUGAAAGAAUGUGAUGAUGGCUCAGAAGAGAAUGAGGAGAGCAACGCUGAGCAAAGUGACAAGAAAAAGAAAAAGCGUGAUCGUCAGAUCCAGAAAAUCACCAAUGCCACCAAUGCCUUUGUAUUCACGAAUUUCCUGCUGGUUGGAUUUGGAAUCACCUGUCUCAUUCCUAACCUACCGUUGCAGAUUCUUUCGUUCAUUUUGCACACAAUUGUGAGAGGAUUCAUCCACUCAGCUGUGGGAGGCCUUUAUGCUGCUGUAUACCCCUCUACUCAGUUUGGCAGCUUGACAGGGUUGCAGUCGUUGAUCAGUGCCCUCUUCGCCCUUCUGCAGCAGCCUCUCUUCAUGGCACUGACAGGACCUUUGAAAGGAGACCCCCUCUGGGUGAAUGUUGGCUUGCUUGUCAUGAGCCUCCUGGGUUUCUGCCUUCCAAUCUACCUGGUCUGCUACAGACGCAGGCUAGAGAGAGAAAAAAAGCAGAAGAUGGAAGAUGCCAAACUUUUCUUCAAAAUCAAUGGCACUCCCACUGAGGAAGCCUUUGUUUAAACUGGUGCUUCACAUACGACCUCCCCUGUACAGGUUCCUACCACAUCCGUGGGUUCUACCUGUGGUGUAAGCCAGGAUUUUCCUCCCCUGGCUCUGCCAGUCUUUGCUCACCACUGGAGUGAGGGCCGGACAUCAUGACUGAGAUUUCCUCAGAUAUAUGGCAGGAGGAGACUUCCUACUCCUUACUCCAAAACACGGGACACUUUUUCUUUUUUUUAAAGGCCACACAGAUAUUGUGUCUUAAAUUAUCCCCUGAUCACGCUCUCCAGCAGCAGAGAGUUUGCAUAGGAGAUUGGGGAGAGAAGGAAUAGAGGGAUGGGAGAAGAGGGAAGACAGACCAUAGUUUGAGUUUGCAAAUGUAACACAGUGAAGUCUGUUUUCUCCCCCUCUUCCCCCAGCCUCGGCUGACAGUCUCAGAUGCAAGCUGCACUCUCCUCCCUUCCUGAGGCUUCAUAAUGGUCUUUCUGCUUGAUGUGUAGCUGGACCCGGUGGUUUUACUGUCUAUUCAGACAUACCCCAGACUGUUUCUGAGGCAGGGAAGGGGAUUUUAUUCCUAUGUGUAUGAGCACAGCUUCACUGUGUUGCUAAAUGUUGGCUGCUAGCACUGACAGCUCCCAAACCUUUUAUUACUGCAAACGACACAGACUGUGAGCAAUGGAUCUGCCUUCCAUAAAGAAAUGAAGAGCCUAUAGUGGACUGCUGGUCCUAGACCAAGCCUUCAGAGGCCUGGAAUUCUUCCUCUUCCCGGUUCACAAACCACCUGUAUGUGUUUUAAACUGUCUGCAGUCCUGGAACCCUUGAGAUAGGAAUUGGAUCUUGUUUACAGAUGAAGUGCUUUUGAGACUUGUUGCCUUUUGCCUCUUCUUCCCUUCGACAUGACCCUGGGAGGGGAGCAGCAAUGUGUAGUUAGUAAAGUGGAGAAACUUCUUGAAGCUGAGUUCUGGGGCUCCAGAUACCUUGGUGUUCACGUGUUGUGAGCUGGUGAAAAGAAUCAAGAAUGCAGAACACUCCUUUGUGUCUGGUAACUGGAUCCUGUGGACAGGGCAGGGUGAUGUGGUGAUGUAAUUUUUCCUUUAGCCAUAGCUUAUUUACAUUGCUCUGACAAUAGUCACCAGGUUAGUGUGACUGACCAAAAUGCUGCCAGUUUGGCUGUACCAGGAGCCUUUUUGAUGCUCUGUCUGGACAGAGCACGUGGUGAUUGAUUGUAUGGUGAAGCUGACUGUCAGAGCAAUAUGCAUGGGUAAAGGUGCCCCAGGCCUGUUCACUAGGGAGGGAAUACAAAGGGAAUUUUUAACCUGCUUAUUUUUAUAGAGGUCUUGUCUAAAGCAGACUUUUCUGCCCUUAACCUCCUUGCUGAGGUCAGUAGCUCAGGCCCUGUAGACUUGUGACUUGUGUUAACACUGUUGGACAGUGUUAACUGCUUGGAGCAGGACUGUGCAGGGGUGAGGAUGAGCAUCCCCAGCAGGCACUGAGCUGAGCUGGUGGCUGCAGAAAGGCUGGGGCAGAAACAAAACAAUUAUGAAGAUGUGGUGUUGUUUUACUGCAAAGCCUGGCAGGGGGUAAGUCAUUCAGCUCCUCUGUCUGGUUGGAAAAGUACAAGACUCAAUCGCUGUUGGCGCUAAGCGGAGGAUUAGAAACAACACCACGCUCAGACCUUCCUGAGAGAAAUUACCUGGAAACCGGGUGUUAACUCCUUCUCCGACGGUUCAAAGCCUGCAGAUGCUCAGCCCAGCCAGGGCUUCACCUUUCCUAAAGAGCAAGCGUGCACAGAGCCUGGGCAGGACGGCUGGAGCCCUUGGCCAGCGCAGGAUGACGCGGCAGCUCCGUGGGACGGCAGCGCCAUCUCGAGUCACUGCUCCCGCGAGCAGUUCCGAUGCUGCUCCACGGUACCUUUCGGUCUUCAGCCACUCGUUUCGAAAGGACUCGCCACUUGAGCAUUUGACACAUUUGUGAAUUUUUUUUUUUUCUUAAUGUGUUGCCUUUAUUAAAUGUGUUUGUUCCAAGACAGCCUUGUUGCCUGCUGUCAACACUUUACUCUUCUGGAACUUUUUGUCUUUUGGUGUUGAUUCAGUGACCUUCCCAGCUUUUCUUUCUUUUGUGUCGAGCAAUAAUUAAGGAGGCAGAGUUUUGGUUAAUUUUCCUGUUCACCUGGCUUACAUGUUCAGAGACCCACCUGCCUAGGUUUCCAGAGGGCUUUCUGCAGGUUUCUGCAUUCAAUAUUACAAUACUUCUGAAUAUUUUGAGAAGAGUCCUACUCUUGCUUCAAGGUAUUUAUGACAUGAGAAUGACAGAUUAAGUACCUUUUUUUAGGAAUAGCUCAGACAGGUGAGUGUCUGAGCCACCAUCCACAGUCUCAGUGUCCUAAAGCAGAGAAGCUGCUGGAGGGUGUCAGUGUGCUAACUCAGCAUUACUUCCACCUCUGUUUCAGAACAUUGAAUGUGAUUGCUUCCACUCUUAUGUCACUUGAAUUCCUGUUAUAAAUGUCUCUGCAAAAUAGUGGAAUAUAGAGUGGCAUAUUUUCAUGAAGUCACAGUGGAGUUGCUGCUGCCUUUUAGUUUAGCUGCACAUACUUCAAAAAACACCCCUUUAUUUCUGCCAUCUACCUCCCUACUGCAGUUCCCAGUCCCUGCCCUUUGUUAGGAAUACCUUCAAAUCCAAGUUUCAUUUGAAAAAACGGUGGAUAUGUGACUUUUAGUGUCUCUGCUGAUGUGACAUGGUGUUUAGAAGCUGCUGGUCAGCUGUGAGGAGCAGAGCUCAUGCCUUGGAGUUGCAGUCCUAGUGGGUACACAGGGGAGUUUUAGCUAUUCAAAGUUGAACAGACAAGUGGUGUCACCUUCUCAGGCCUUGCAACAAACUGUGGGAGUCAUUGCUACAGAAUGUAGUGGGGAACAGAAGUAUAAAUUAUUUCUUUUUUUAAAGGGGCUGGUUAAACAAUGCUCUGCAUCCACUAACUCAGGGAGAUUUUAAGUUGCUGUAAAUAAGAAAGUUGUGCCAAGGAAAGAUUAUUGUUCUUUCUACAUAUUCUGUCUUUUGAGAAUUGGUCACAGAUGAAGAAAGCAUGCUGGGCUAAGGUAAAACACUGGUCUGACGCUAGUGGGGUUUAAUUUAUUCUGACAGUUGUGAACCAAACUAAUUUUAAAGCAGUCUCAAAUAUAUCUGCAUGCAAGAUAUGCAAAUACUUUACUGAUUGUGGCGUAACUGCUUCAGUCCUGCACCUCCUGCAGCAAUGGGCUCUUGGAGGACAAUAUUCUGCCUCCAGCCUCUUUAAAUGUUGUCAUGCACAGUGCAGAAACAAACAUUGUCAGGGUGGUCCUGUCACGUGGUGGAUCAGGGUCAGUUUGCCUCGUUUUUUGAGGCUCAGGGAAAUGUAAUUGUGGAUUAUGUAUGUUUGGAGUGGAAAACAGCAUUGCUGCCUUCUAGCUGAGAGAUGAAGGAUCAAGAAAAUUCCUGGUGCACUCCCUGUGUGCAUGAGCCACCUUGUGGGAAAAAUAAAUGGGCUACCAAAGGCUGGAGAGCCCCAGCAAUUUGAAUCAAUAAUGUGUUUACCUUUAUAACUCAAGUAUAGGUCAAUGUGUUUAACUACUUUCAUAAUUCCUAAAUUAUGAAUUUGUAGGUCUUGGGGGUUUUUUAUGCCCCUUGUACCCCCCCCUAACCCUCAUUCACAUGAGGAGUGCAAGGAGGGUGGUCGUGGGAAAGACCUCCAUGGAAGCAUCCCCAGUGGAAUGUAAUGAAGCAGAAACCUCAUCUGUGAGUACUUGCUGUUUGUAGGGGCCCUCAGAGUCAAGGGUGUUGCUGUGUAAAGGUGAUUGCACCUUCUGAAAAUGCUGCUCCUGACCUCUACAGACUCACAUGCAUUGAAUGUGCAUCCAUGCUAAAAAAAUACAUAUAAAAAAUUAAAUUCACAGAGUGGGGAAUGGAGGAUGACAGCUUUUUGCUUUCACUAAUCUGUCAGUGCCUAAGCCCUGUUGACAGAGUCUUUAUAGCACUAAUGCAAUGACACUGUGUCAAAAGUAGCAGAGAAAAUCUGUGCUGUUCUGCUUUAAUAGGACACUUUACACUAUGACAGUAACUGCAUAAAGCUAUAUCUGGAUCCUUGAGAUGAAACUGGACACAGAUGUAUGCAAAAAAAAAAAGAGCAAAUCUUGCUGAGGCUCCAACUUAACUGCAAUGCUGCUACAGCAACUAAAAUGUUCAACUCCCACAGCAAAGCCUGGUCUUUUCAUGCUCCAUCUACAAAGGAAAAUUGCAGGAUAAUGAGAUUGUAACUAAGUCAGUAAAUCACUAAAAUGUUUUCUAGUAGGAGAUUUCCCUCCUGACAUGCUGAUGAAUUUGGAAAAUAUGCUACAAAAUUUGAAGGAGAUAGCGUAGGGUAAAAAAGAAAUCUUAAAACUACAAAUUUUGUUACUUUUUUUUCCCCCCUUUUGAGUCUUUUCUGCAUCUUCAGAGCUUUUGGUAUUCCCUGUGCCCCAAUUUAGAACUGCAAUGUACUUCUUUUCUAGAUAAUGGAAAUGAGUAUUACAGUAGGAUUCCUGAUGGGAAGGGACUGGUUUUGGUGGUUGGUUUUUUUUUUCUUUUUUUUUAAUUUAAAAAAAAAAGCCACUUCUGAUUUAUAAUUCACAAUGUUAUCUUCUCUGGAGUAGCUGAAACAAUGAUGUGUUAUGUAGCUGCAUUCUUACAUGUUAAUUAUAAACCCCCGCAGCUCCUUGUUUUUCUGCCUGUGCUGCCAGCCUGUCUCUGUGCAAUCUGUUUUUAUCAGGUGUCCUCUACUCCACGUUGUCACCCUACUGCUGCCUGUCACUUCCUUGUGCCUGACCCUCUGUCACUCACUUUUUAUUCUGGAGACAAUCCCUUCUUUCAGAAAACCCCCUCUUUAACCCAAGAGCAUUACCUCUCCCACCUUUUGCUGUCCACAGAAUUUUUUGUGGUGUUUGUCAAAGUUGAAUUGUAAGCUCCUCGGGGCAGGCCUGUGUCAUCUUCUCUGUGUUUGUAAGGUGAUGUGCACUCUUGCAGUACUAUCUCAAAAUAAAGUGAUAUUAAGUUAA